AUGGUUCCCACACGCACUGCAGAGUCACGGGGCUUCAGGCUCAGCAUUCCAACCGCCACAGGAUACAGGACAGCUGGGCCUGACAGCCUGACAGCGGCUGAAGCGUCUGUCCAGACUCACGAGCUUCCCAGGGAGAACACGGACUCCAGACAUCUGCGCAGCUGCCACAGAUCGCCUGGCGGUUACCCUCAGCCUGUCAAUGAUUCAGAGGGAGAGAAGGAGGAGGCAGGUGAGGAGAAGGAAGAGCUAGCACACUCGCGGGAGAAAGACAUGCCCUGCUGCAUCUGCAGGGCACAGGAAGCUCCUGAGAGGAGAUUUGCAUGUGACCUGAAGAUUCAUCCAGCAGGAGGAAGCUUCUGGAAAUGGAUAAUGAGAGCCCGCUGUGCCCCCGGCUCCCGUGAUGAGAGAGAGGGGCAGGUCCUGGAACGGAGCAGCGUGGCAGUUACUAAUGUCCGCACUUUGGUCACUGCACCUAGAGACAGGAGCUGUCCAGGGGCCGCCGACGCCCGGGACGCCGCGCCGGUCUCCCCCGUGCGCCAGAACUACCACCCGGACUGCGAGGCCGCCGUCAACCAGCAGAUCAACCUGGAGCUGCACGCCUCCUACGUCUACCUGUCCAUGGCCCACUACUUCUCGCGAGACGACGUGGCGCUGGACAACUUCUCCCGCUACUUCCGGCGCCAGUCCGGCGAGGAGCGCGAGCACGCCGAGCGCCUGAUGCGGCUGCAGACGCAGCGCGGCGGCCGCCUGCGCCUGCGCGACAUCCCCCGGCCGGCGCUGGACGACUGGCAGGGCGGCCUGCAGGCCAUGCGGCGCGCGCUGCUCCUGGAGCGCGACGUCAACCAGGCGCUGCUCGACCUGCACGCGCUGGCCGCGGAGAAGGGCGACCCGCACCUGUGCGACUUCCUGGAGACGCACUACCUGGGCGAGCAGGUGCGGGCCAUCAAGGAGCUGGCCGACCACGUGCACAACCUGGCGGCCCUGGGCGCCCCCGACUCGGGCCUGGCCGAGUACCUGUUCGACAAGCACACCCUGGGGCCGGAGGGCGCGCAGAACUGA